AUGGCCGAGCUGGGCAGCAAGGGGGUCACGGCUGGGAAAAUCGCCAGCAACGUGCAGAAGAAGCUGACCCGGGCGCAGGAGAAGGUCCUUCAGAAGCUUGGUAAAGCCGAUGAAACAAAAGAUGAGCAGUUUGAACAGUGUGUGCAGAACUUCAACAAGCAGCUGUCUGAAGGCACGAGGCUGCAGAAGGACCUCCGAACUUACUUGGCUUCUGUCAAAGCUAUGCACGAGGCCUCCAAGAAGCUGACAGAGUGUUUGCAGGAAGUUUAUGAGCCAGAUUGGCCUGGGAGAGAUGACACAAAUAAAAUAGCAGAGAACAAUGAUCUCCUGUGGACAGAUUUCCAUCAGAAGUUGGUGGAUCAAGCACUUCUGACCAUGGAUACAUACCUUGGCCAAUUUCCGGAUAUUAAAUCUCGUAUCGCAAAACGAGGAAGGAAGCUUGUGGAUUACGACAGUGCCAGACACCACUUUGAAGCCCUGCAAACUGCAAAGAAGAAGGAUGAAACCAAAAUUGCAAAGCCUGUUUCGCUGCUUGAGAAAGCUGCGCCUCAGUGGUGUCAAGGGAAGCUACAAGCUCACCUCGUUGCACAAACUAAUCUGCUCCGAAAUCAGGCUGAAGAAGAGUUAGUUAAAGCUCAGAAGGUGUUUGAAGAGAUGAAUGUUGAUCUGCAGGAGGAACUGCCUUCACUAUGGAAUAGUCGUGUUGGUUUCUAUGUCAACACAUUCCAGAGUAUAGCUGGCCUAGAAGAGAACUUCCAUAAAGAAAUGAGCAAGUUGAACCAAAACCUUCAUGAUGUCCUGCUGGGUCUAGACAAGCAGUACUCAGGCAAUGCCUUCCCUGUUAAAGCACAGCCCAGUGACAGCACCCCAGCGAAAGCAAAUAAAAGCCCCUCGCCUCCACCAGAUGGAUCUCCCAUCACCAGCCCUGAGACCAAGACUGUCAACCAUGAGCUGGAACCAUCCACUUUGGAAGCACCUGGGGCAAGCAUCCCAAAGUCACCGUCUCAGUUGAGGAAAGGGCCUCCGGUGCCUCCGCCUCCAAAAGUCACCCCCUCCAAGGAGAUCAAGCAGGAGAACAUCAUCAGUCUGUUUGAUGACAAUUUUGUCCCCGAGAUAAGUGUGACAACCCCUUCGCAGUUUGAUGCCCCUGGGCCCUUCCAGGAAGGAGCCAGCCUGUUGGAUCUGGAUUUUGAUCCCAUUAAACCAGAUGCCACUGUGGGGAAGACCCCCACACCCGCCUCCCAGUCUUUGCCUUGGGAUUUAUGGGAGCCUGCAGAAGCAGCUCGUGCAGGAGCUGAAGCAGCUGGAUCAGAAGCAGCAGCUGGAGCUGAAGCAUCUAAAACUGAAGCUGACUCAGGAUCGAGCUCUCUGCCUGCUGUUGUUGUGGAAACUUUCCCUGCAGCUGUCAAUGGCACUGUGGAAGGAGGUGCUUCAUCUGAGAGAGCUGACAUGCCCCCAGGAUUUCUGUUCAAGGUCCAGGCCAUGCAUGAUUACACGGCCACUGACACUGACGAGCUGCAGCUGAAGGCUGGGGACGUGGUGCUUGUGAUUCCAUUUGAAAACCCUGAGGAGCAGGACGAAGGAUGGCUGAUGGGUGUGAAGGAGUCUGACUGGAUCCAGCAUAAGGAACUUGACCAGUGCCGAGGGGUUUUCCCUGAGAAUUUCACAGAACGGGUGCAGUGA